AUGGCCGCAAACGAACAUGCUUGUUUUUAUACUUGGACUGAUACACCUGGAAAAAAAAUUGGUUUUUACUUUGCCGUACAAUCUGGUGGUUCUUUUGAUAUCGAUUACAUGGUAAGCGAUCCACGCGAAAGAGUUGUUUUGGAAGGAAAAGGAGAACGACAAGGUGAUUAUGUUUUUACUGCCAAUCAUGCUGGUGAAUAUUCUUUUUGUUUUUCCAAUGAUAUGUCGACUUUUGCUGAAAAACUUGUUGAUUUUGAAAUCACUUUGGAACAUGAAGUACGUCCUAACUUUGCCAAAGCUAUGGAAGGACAACAACAACCUGAAACCCUUAGUGCUAUGGAAGAAUCAUUAUUCCGUUUGUCUGGAUCAUUGACCAAUAUUGCCCGUACUCAAAAGUACUUCCGAACCCGUGAAAAUAGAAAUUCAAGUACUGUUCACUCCACUGAACAACGUAUCUUUUGGUUUGCCAGUUUGGAAAGUAUUGCUAUCAUUGCUAUGGCCGCUUUACAAGUCUUUGUGGUGAGAAAUUUCUUUAAUGUCAAGAAAGGUGGUGUUUAG